AACCGUCAGUAAACUUAAAUCUUUGCUGGGUUUAUGUUGUGACAGCCACGGGUGGGCUCAUUAAACAGACGCGUUCCAUGUUGUAAUUUUUUUACCAACAAAAUGAUAUGUGGUUGGUUGAGAGUUCCACGAGCUCAUCACUUAACUCGCGUCGCGCACCUGACACGCGCUCUUCUUCCAGUGAUCAACCGACGAUAGAAUUUACUGUUAAUAAUCAACAUGCACCGUUUCAUCGAUAUUUCGGUCAUAAUUUGUAUCUCAUCUGCAGUUUUUUGCUUGUCAGAGUUUCCGUCUGGAGAGGUGAUAGGGGUGUCCAACGCCAGCGUGCUCCUUCUGCACCCCCCCUCUAACAGCCUCUAUCUGGGGGCAAGAGACUCCAUCCUGGUUCUGGACCCGUCUAACCUGACUCAUAAAGGGCCUGUGGUGAGACAUCAGAUUGAGUGGAAGGUGUCAGAUGAGGAGAAGCAGGUGUGCAUGAGUAAAGGGAAAUCAGAGGAUGAGUGUCAUAACUACAUUUGCAUGCUGGAGUCACUGGGGGACGGCAGCAUCUACGUCUGCGGCUCGUACGCGUACAACCCACAAUGUGCUUAUAUAGUGAACUCCACACUGAGGAAGGGGGAAGGAGGAGACGUGGAGAAAGAGGGGAAAAAAUGGAUUUGUCCCUACGAGCCAGGGAAACCUCACACCGCUGUAAAAGCAGAUGGUAUCCUGUACUCGGCCUCCUCCACUAACUUCCUGGGAACAGAGUUUACUGUUGCCAGGGUUAGAGGACCAGAGAAGGAGCAGUUGCGCAUUGAGCCCAACUGGCUAAGUGACCCAGAGUUUGUGAGUUCUGCUGUGCUGGGGGCGGAGCCAAAACAGGGAGACUACAUUUAUUGGUUCCUGAUGGAGAAUGCCAAAGAGUUCGACCUCUACUCCACCGUCAGGGUGGCCAGGGUUGCACGAGUCUGCAAGCAUGAUCUGGGGGGCUCUAAGACCCUGCAGGGCCGCUGGACGACCUUCCUGAAGACGGGGCUGGUUUGUAAGGAGAAGGGGCCGGGCGGGAGACGCUAUGACGUCCUCAUACACCUGCAGCCCCUGGAGCACCAGCCGGGAGACCCCACCAGCACACACUUCUACGGCCUCUUCACUUCCCAGUGGGGAAGUGAGCUUGUGUCUGCGGUGUGCGUGUUCAGUGUGGCAGAGGUUGACGAGGUGAUGGCGAACAGCCCGUUUAAGAACACGAAGAGCUCCGGGAACACAGCAACCAUCUCUAUCCCCUCUCCCCGGCCAGGACUGUGUAUAGGCAGUGAUAUGAGGUCACAGUACAACUCCUCCCUUCAGAUGCCAGACCAGGUUCUAACCUUCGCCAAGGAGCACCCCCAGCUGACCCAGUCCGUGGAGACAGCGCCCCUGCUGCUCAGGAGGGGGGUCACAUACACCAGACUGGCUGUUUCCAAUGUCACCAGCACCCAGGCUGCCAUCCUGUACCUGGGCACAGACCAAGGAGAGCUCCACAGUGUGUCUGUAGUUGGUGGUACCGCCACUCUGCUACAGGAGAUUCCGGUCACAACCUCAGUAGAACCUGUCAACAACAUCCUGGUACACCAGGGUGGUGUGUUGGUGGGCAGUGCCUCCUCUCUGAGGGCGGUGCAGGCGGACGGCUGCAGAAGCUUCUCCAGCUGUGUGGUGUGUGCGGCGGCCAGGGGCCUGGGCUGUGGCUGGAGCUCCACGACCAGAGUCUGCAUCACACAGCCACCAGGUUCUCCAGAGGCUACUGGGAGCCCUCUGAAUGUGUGUGGGAGAGGAGAGGAUGCUGCCUGUGAGGUUCAGGAGCUACAUGUGAGGCAAGGGGUUAGGCUCCUCCUCCCGUGCACCAGCCUCAGCCUAUCCCCUUCUCCCCCCUGCACCUGGUCCCACCCCCCAGCCCGCCACACCCGCCUCCUUCCCUCCUCCCACCUAGAGGUCCUGGCCUCUCCCUCCAGCCAGGGGAGCUACUCCUGCCACUGCCCAGCCCCCGGUGCAACAUCCCUGGGCUCGUCCGCCUGCCCCACUGCCUCCUACAAGCUGAUCCUGAUCAGUGUGGAAGGCGGCAGUGAGGGUUUACAUAGCCCGGCACCUGUAGGUGCGUAUCUGAUCUGUCUCCUCGUGGGGGUGCUGUGUGGAGCCCUGGUCGCAGUCGCUGUCCUCAAGUGGAGGGAGUGGUCCACCUCCCGACACAUCCCAUUGGUGGACAGGGAUGGGAGGGGCACUGUGGAAACCGGGCAGGGUAGCCAGAACCCCAUAUGCUAUGCAAAUGAUGUCAGGGUGAAGGACACAGCACCGGGCCAAUGAGAAGUAGAGGUUCUGUAAAGAGUCUGGUGAAAAUGAUGCUUCUCCCUUUCUUUUGAGUCGUUUCUCCUUCUUUCGCUCUCUUUCGUCCUCUACAACUGUGUAGAAGUGUUAUCACCUUGGUUCUCUACAGCAGGGGUUCUCAAACCUUUUGGGGGCCAGGACCCCUUACAGGGGGGAACAUUUUCCAAGGACCCCCCCCAUGAAUACCCAUUCAGCAUACCCUUGGUGCUCUUAAAUGGAUACAAUAUGCUUGUAUUUUUGUGUGCAAAUGGUCCCCAUCUGUACACAAUGAUAUAUUUGUGCACUUUUUAAUGAUACAGCACAAUGUUAUUUAUGGCAAAUGAUUUUGUGGACCCCCUGGCUAUGGUUCGCGGGGACCCCACUUUGAGAACCACUUCUCUCCAGUAACCCCUGUGGUAGUAGACUGCUCUACAGUAACCCCCGUGGUUGUAGACUUUGUGGUAGAUGAAUUCAUAUUGCAAAUAUCUUAUGGAAAGUUGGUUUUGAUAAAGAUAACGUAUCGUAUUUUGU